AUGAGCUUCACCAGCUGCUCCACGGGCUGCCAGGCGUCCUGCUGCAUCCCCAGCUCCUGCCAGGCGUCCUGCUACGUGCCCGUGAGCUGCCAGCCCGCUGUGUCCAUGCCCGUGAGCUGCCAGCCCGCCGUGUCCAUGCCUGUGAGCUGCAAGCCCGCCGUGUAUGUGGUCCCCUCCUGCCAGUCCUCUGUUUGCCUGCCCGUGAGCUACAAGCCCCUCGUGUUCAUGGCCCCCUCCUGCCAGUCCUCCGGGGGCUGCCAGCCCUCCCACCCCACCCUGCUCUGCAGACCCAUCUCUUGUAGCACCCCGUCCUGCUUCUGA